AGGAGGAGUCUUAGCCCACACAAUACUAGGAGUUGCAUGGAAUGAGACGACAGGGCAGAUAAAAUUUCUGAUUCUAGAUCCACAUUAUACAGGCGCUGAAGAUCUGCAAGUUAUUCUGGAAAAGGGAAUGAUGUAAAUUUGCUGCACACAAGAGGAAAAGCAUGAGACCAAGUAUUUUUAUAUUAAAUAAACAAAUAGGCCUAGACAGAAAGGAAAAAAAAAAAAAGCCUGUUCCAAAAUUGUCUUUUGAAUUCAGACCCUCUCCAACACUUCUUUUAAGCUACAGCAAAAAUAAGACUAAGCAAAAGAAACAUGUGCAGCCUUACAACCCCAGAGGACAAUAUGAGUUCAAACAAUGUAAGGAUACACAUUGUGGAAACAGGAUGAAGUUGACCAGUGAAAAUUUGCCCAAGAACCCCUUUUAUACAUCUAUAUCUCAGUAUGCUGCUAAUCACCCACAAUUCUUCCAAUGGAGAAAGGAAAAGACUGAUCAUUACAACCAUUCUAAUUUGGUGGAUAAAGCAUUGCAGCUCUUGAAGGAGAGAAUAAGAAGAGGAGAUGCUCUGGCAUAUUUCCUACGGGGUCAACUAUAUUUUGAAGAGGGUUGGUAUGAAGAAGCAUUAGAACAGUUUGAAGAAAUCAAGGAGAAAGAUCACCAAGCAACUUACCAGCUGGGAGUAAUGUAUUAUGAUGGGCUGGGGAUCGCUGCAAAUGCUGAAAAAGGAGUGGAAUAUAUGAAGAAAAUUGUUGAUUCUCCAUGUCCCAAAGCAAGACACUUAAAAUUUGCUGCUGCUUACAACCUCGGAAGAGCUUAUUAUGAAGGAAAAGGUGUUAAACGAUCAGAUGAGGAAGCUGAAAGACUGUGGCUUUUUGCUGCAGACAAUGGAAAUCCAAAAGCUAGUGUGAAGGCUCAGUGUAUCCUAGGAUUAUAUUACUCAACAAAAGAACCCAAAGAGUUAGAAAAGGCAUUUUAUUGGCAUUCAGAAGCAUGUGGCAAUGGAAACCUGGAGUCCCAGGGUGCUCUUGGUCUCAUGUACCUUUAUGGACAUGGCAUCCGCCAGGAUACUGAAGCUGCGCUGCACUGCUUAAAAGAAGCAGCAGAACGUGGGAAUGUCUAUGCUCAAGGGAAUCUCGUGCAGUAUUACUAUAAGAUGAAAUUUUUUACAAAGUGUAUCACAUUUUCCAAAAGGAUUGCUGACUAUGAUGAGACUCAUGACAUCUCCAUAAUAGCCCAGGUCACAGACUGUCUCCCAGAAUUCAUCAACAGAGGCAUGGCCAUGGCAUCCUUCUACCACGCACGGUGUCUUCAGCUUGGCCUGGGCAUCACAAAAGAUGAAGAAACAGCUAGACUAUAUUAUUCUAAAGCUUGUCGUCUGAAUCCGGCAAUGGCAGAUGAACUUCACUCUUUAGUUAUUCAUCAAAGAAUUUAGACCACAGUGCAUUUCAUCAAAGAUCGUCAAUCCUAACUCCAUAUAAUGUGUAUAUUUUUAUGGCAGCUAUGUAUGUUAUUUUCUGCAUCCCCAGUUAUAUUAUCCUGGGUAUUUUACAGAUGAUAUGUUACCUUUGUUCUUGAAUUUGUAUUCUCUAAUUUUUGCAACCAGAAACCUAGCCACAGGAUCAAAUUGCUGGAAGAGUCCUCAGAGUCCACCUCUUAACCUAUAGCGUAGCCUAGACCAUAUUAAAUUUGAAGCUAUUCCUUAAAGCAAAUGUCUUUUUCCUUUCUUACAUACACAGUGUCUUAAAGAUUUAGCAGUUCUAGUUAAUAAGUUCCAAAUCAUAAAUGCUACAAGCUUAUUUUAAAACACCAUUUGAAAGUUUCUUUAAAUUUCUUUGGUGCUUAGUUUUGUGAAUUUUGAAUAGCACAUUGUUAAUUUGAAUUUUUUGUUUCAGUCAUGAAAAAAUUUUAAAUUCACAAAAUAAGGGCCAAAGAAAUGUAAAGAAUUAGAUUUUCAAAUAACAUUUUUGAUAUAUAGCAUUUCUACUUCUGAAGUUAUUAAAGCUAAAAAUAUUUUUUAAAAUAAUUGACUUAUUAUAAACUUUUAAAAGAGAGGGUCUAAGAAAAUUGCUUGGAAUUUCGUUCCUCCAAAUAUUACCUCAAAGAUCUUUUUAAUGUGCAACACCAUUACUACAUCCCUGAUGAAUAUUCAUAAGAUAAUUCAUUAAAGCAAGAUGCUUCUUGGUCUUUCAACACAUUUUACAUUUUGAAAACAGAUACAUUCAAUGCACAAUAAAAUGUGAGAAAGAACUCAUCAAAUCACCUAAUUAUAUAAGAAUUAUAUCUAAAUUUUGUUUUAAAACUCCAUGAGCAAGUCUUUCUGUCAGUUAUAUCUAUGAAAGCAAAUGGUGACAGUAAGAAUAGUAAGAGUCAUAUCCAUAAGAUUGUAUAGUGCUGGGCCUGGUGACACACACCUGUAGUCCCAGUGAUGCGGGAGGCUGAGGCAAGAGAAUCAAAAGUUCGAGGCCAGCCUCAGCAACUUAACAAGGCCCUCAACUUAGCGAGACCCUGUCUGAAAAUAAAAAAUAAAAAGGGCUGGGGAUGUAGCUGGAUUUGAUCCCCUGGGCCAAAAUAAAAAAAGUUGUAUAGCAACUUUUUUGUAUAGCAACCUCAAAUAUAUUGUGAAACAAAUAUGUUGAAAUAUGUCUUAAAGAUACCUUAAUUAUCCUUUUUUUGUUAACAUAAUAAAUUAAUAUGCCUUUAUUUUUAUAAAUCACAACAUUCUUUCCAUUAGUGGAUUUAAACAAGAUCUCCUCUUAGUAAUGGAAAAAUGGAAUUAAUUACAUAUGUGACAAUCAAUCACUAGAACUGUUACACAGCAGAAAAUAACUUGCUCUUGUUUUAUGCUGUGACUUGCUUGUAUUUCUUGAAUUCUAUUUUGUCUUUAGAUAAAGGGAAGAAAUUUCAGGAGGAAAUUUAGGUCUGUGAGAUAUCUCAGUCAUGUUUUGUAUAUCAAAAAUUAUACACUUAAACCAUCCUUGAAACUCAUGUUCAUAUCACUACUGAAUACUUUAUGAGAUCCCAGUAACACUGUUCAAUGUCUCAAGUUCAUUACAAGAUUUCAAAACA